CAUCGUUUGUUCGUCAUUCACUCGAGGCAUCAGGCGCGCAGUCUCAGUGAAGCGGUCACGCCACACGCCCGCGUGUAAACAAACAUUAAAAAUAUAUCGUGUAUUUUUUCGAAUUUAGAAUUGAAUCACGAUGGCCGUGAGCAGAUUGUCUAUUGUCAAGUUUUUGGAGCUGGCGCUCACAUGUUCGUGCGUAGCCCUACACUACCACAGCUACAAUUCGGACCCCGAGUUGGGCAUGUUGGUGACAGGAACAUUCGUCGGAUACCUUAUCAUCUUCGCCGGCGCGGCAGCUGGCUACGUAAUGCAGACACCGUCGCACAAACGUAUUGAUAUAUUUUACUCGUUGGUUGGCGUGGCUCUGUUCGUCGCCAGCGGUGCUGUUAUUAUUGACAGGUUUCAACAUUACUCGAAGAGCGAUACCAGAGACAAGAACCUAGCCAAGGCGUCCCUGGCCAUCAUCAAUGGCGCUGUGUUACUCAUUGACGCCGUGCUCACACAGAGAGGAGGCUAAUCAAUUUUAGUAGCAAAAUUCUGCCCAGCUGCCUUAUGCCUUGCGUCUACUAAGCUUGCCGAAUCGAAUCGUGUAACAGUGGCGAAGGGUUCAUAUAUGAAACUACCCUUUAACAUCUAAAUAUCAUUCGAACGAUUUGCAUUCAUGCAUAUUAGCACCUAUUUAUUGUGUCAGGUUUCCUUUCGGAAAAUUUCACCUUUCGCCACUCUCGUGUAACAUUAAUGCACCUGCAUUUACUAUAAUACUGCGUCCAUUAUGAACGCGCCGCAGCGUGCCGAACGGAAUCAUAGCGCAUACAAAAUAAAUGCGCUUGAUUCGACACGCUUCGAUUCAGCUCUAGUCGACGCCGCGCCUUAUGCUGAAAGCCAUAUAUUAUAAUCCUAAGUAAUAUUUAAAAAAUAAUGAUGGAUUAAAUGUCUUCAGUUUUCGGUAUUUAUGGAAGAUUUAACAGCCAAAUAAUAUAAUAAUAUGGAAAAUUCGCGUGGACAAAUGAGUUUCAAUUAAUUAAUUUAUUGCUCGAUUCAAAAUCGAAUCUCUAUAUUAUUGCUGAUUUUGGAAACCAAGAUAAUCCAGUUGCAAAACAUUAUUUAUGGCCCUAAAUUUUAUAGAAAGCUUUGAAUGAGUAAAUAAAAAGGCAAGAUUUUAUUAUGUGGAGUAACGAAACCCUUCGUAAUAUUUUAAAAAUGCAUAAAUAUACCUCCAAAUAUUUAGUACUACUUACUUAUAAAAAUAAAAAACAGUAUGUAGUAACAUUGUUAUUGUAAAUGAAGAAAAACAUAUGUCAUUAAAAGUUAUGUUUAGAUAUUUAUUACUUAACAACUUUAAAGAAAUUGAUCGUUUUUGGAAUUUUUAAUUAUAUAACAAACUACUCAUAAUUUUUUGAUAAUAUACUAUUUAAAGAAGGUAUUUUAAUUAAAAUAAGACAUAAUAUUAUGUUGUUAUGUUUAACUCUGAAAUAUUUAAUCUAAGUUUAGUCCUCUUAGUGGAGUGAAAAUGAUGUCAGACUCACAAUAUAUUAAACAAAUGUUAUGUUAAAGUUUAAGUGACCUGAUAUUUAAAUGUAUAUAUUUGAUUACUUACGCUCUAACUUCUAUUUAUGGCGAUAACUUAUUUUCUAUGAACACAAUAUAAAUGACCUGAUUAUUAAGACGUAGCAUAGUUCUAGUAAUAUAUGAAGCUUGUAUGUGACGAUAUUAAAACAUUUUGUCAUGUCCCAAUAUUCCAAAGUACACGUAAUGUAUUUGCAUUUUUAUACGCACUUUUUAAGUGUAGCUAUAUUUGUGAAUAAAGAAAUAAUCCAGAAAAAA